GGGGGGAAGAAGUUAUGGAACACAUAGCGCCACGUUCCAGUCAAGCGUUUUAGCAAAGGCUGCUAUUAUGAAAAGGAUUUUCUAAUAAGGGGAAUAAUGAUCUUCAGAUUCUGACCUCCUGGCACAGCAGUGAGAUUUAUCAGGAGGGGCAUGUGACUAGUUAAGACACACAGCCCCAGCUUGAAGGAAACAGCUGCUCAUUUCAUGCUUUAGCACUUGGCAGCUGGACAAGGAAGGGUGAUGUUUGUGUUGAAUACCUCUGCAGAACCAAGUACAAUUUUCCUGGAAGCCCAGCUAAGAAUGCAACCAGCGAUAAAAUGAAAAAACUGUGCAGCUGAAGAACUGAAGAAGCAUUUUUCUACUUGGUGAAAAUGCCUCUUAUUUUUUGACAACGAUUAAAGAACAAUGGGGUCAAACACACUUGGGAAGGCUGCAACGUUAGAUGAGCUUUUGAACGCUUGUAUUGAAAUGUUUGAUGACAGAGGAAAUCAAUGCUCCAGCCAUUUGCCAAGAAUCUUUCUUCUAAUGCAUCGUUGGUACCUGCCUUCUACAGAGCUGGCUGUCAAGCUUCUGUCUACAUAUAGAGAUGCCAGUGGAGAGAACUGCAAUGAAUUCAGACUAAAAAUCUGCUAUUUCAUGAGAUACUGGAUUCUGGAAUUUCCUGCAGAAUUUAACUUGGAUCUUGGGCUGAUUCGUUUGACUGAAGAGUUUCGAGAAUUAGCCAGCCAGCUUGGCUAUGAGGACCACAUUGAUCUCAUUGAUAUCUCCAGCAUACCUUCCUAUGACUGGAUGAGAAGAGUUACACAAAGGAAGAAGAUUUCUAAGAAAGGAAAAGCCUGCCUACUGUUUGAUCAUCUGGAGCCCAUUGAACUAGCUGAACAUCUCACUUUUCUGGAGCAUAAAUCUUUUAGGAGAAUUUCUUUCACAGACUACCAAAGCUAUGUGAUCCAUGGCUGCCUGGACAACAAUCCUACUUUGGAGAGAUCUAUUGCUUUGUUUAACGGUAUCUCCAAGUGGGUCCAGCUCAUGGUUCUCAGCAAGCCGACACCCCUGCAAAGGGCAGAAGUGAUCACAAAGUUUAUCAAUGUUGCACAGAAGCUCCUUCAUCUCCAGAACUUCAACACACUGAUGGCAGUUGUGGGAGGUCUUAGCCACAGCUCUAUUUCUCGCCUGAAAGAGACUCAUUCUCAUCUGUCUUCGGAAGUCACAAAGGACUGGAACGAAAUGACAGAGCUGGUCUCUUCCAAUGGAAACUACUGCAACUACCGCAAGGCUUUUGCUGACUGUGUUGGCUUCAAAAUUCCUAUUUUAGGAGUUCACUUGAAAGACUUGAUUGCUGUCCACGUCAUUUUUCCUGACUGGAUAGAUGAAAAUAAAGUAAACAUAGUGAAAAUGCAGCAGCUUUCCAUCACCUUGAACGAACUGGUUUCCCUGCAAACUGCCUCUCAUCACUUAGAGCCUAAUAUGGAUUUAAUUAACCUGCUAACACUGUCCCUGGACCUCUAUCACACGGAGGAUGACAUCUACAAGCUCUCACUGGUGCUAGAACCAAGGAACUCCAAAUCUCCUACCUCCCCAACAACCCCGAGCAAGCCAGUGGUGCCACUGGAGUGGGCAUCUGGAGUGGUACCUAAGCCUGACCCAACUGUCAUCAACAAGCACAUAAGAAAGUUAGUGGAUUCUGUCUUUAGAAACUAUGAUCAUGACCAUGAUGGCUACAUUUCUCAGGAAGACUUUGAAAGUAUAGCUGCAAACUUCCCCUUUUUGGACUCUUUCUGUGUGUUGGACAAAGACCAAGAUGGACUCAUAAGCAAAGAAGAAAUGAUGGCUUACUUUCUGAGAGCCAAAUCCCAGUUCCAGUGUAAAAUGGGACCUGGGUUUAUUCACAACUUCCAGGAGAUGACCUAUCUUAAGCCAACUUUCUGCGAACACUGUGCAGGUUUUCUCUGGGGUAUAAUCAAACAAGGCUACAAAUGCAAAGACUGCGGUGCCAACUGCCACAAGCAGUGCAGGGACCUGCUCGUGCUUGCCUGCAGGAAAUUCUCCCGAGGAACCUCUGUGGGCAGCAACCACGGCUCCCUGCCCAGCAGCCCUUCCCUGCCACCAGCCCAGGAUGAAGUGUUUGAGUUCCCCAGCGUCAAUGCAGAACACCAGGACCUCGAUGGCAGAGCCAUCACUCUUGUCACCGGCUCCUCCCGGAAGAUUUCAGUGCGGCUGCAGAGGGCGACCGCCAGCCAAGCAACGCAGACGGAACCGCUGUGGCACGAACCGGGCUGGAGCGAUUCAGGGUCUCACACUUUCCCAAAAAUGAAGUCCAAGUUCCAUGGCAAAGCUGGGAAGAACAAAGGCUUUGCAAAGUGGGAGAAUGAAAAGCCCAGCAUGCAGGCCAAUGUAGACAUAGAUGCUGAGGCUCCUCAGCACAUCCUGGAGCACAACGGCAUAGAAACGCUUCCUGAAAGACAGGAAUCUGAGGAUAGCUGACUGCUCACCCUGAAACACCAAAAAACAGAGAUGGCAAUAGUAAUACAGCAAAAAUUGACAGACUGCCAUAGACCACAUUUGGUCAUGGGAAGUUUUCCUGUACCUCAUACUUCUAAAUUCAGCCAUUACCCUGUUUUCCUAGCUGAUAGGCGUUAAAAAAAGCACUAUUUAUUUUCGCACACGAUUAAGCCAUUUGGAAGAACACUGCAUGGACACAGCAGAACAGAUCUCUGCACUCAGUGUUUUCUCUUGUAUGACUUUGUGGAAACUUCCCCUCCAUGCCAGUGAGGAUAUAUUUGGCAUCAUUUAAAAGUUCUGCAUCAUCUCAGCAUGCCUGCCAGCAACAACAACGGCGAGGACAGAGGCCAACUAUCCACAUUCAUUUGAUAACACUCCUUUUUCAGAGGCUUAUAAUGAUCUCUUAAGGAAAGAAGUAGGCGUGGAUGUUGAUUAAAUCUCAAAAAACAAACAAACAAAAAUGAAAAACCCACAACUCCUUUCAAAAAAGUCCUCUACGCUGAAAUCCCUUGCACUCCUGGGGUUUUGAAUUUUGGACACAUUUACACUGCUACAAUGAGCACACAUCCAGCACAGUGAUACCUGUUACCAGAGGGAGGAUCCUUCAAGCACAUGGCUGGGAGUGAGGAAGUUCCAGGACACCGUGCAGGUGUUUGGUGAUACUGCAAGGGAGAGGUGUCCUCUCUGCCAGCACUGGUUAUGGUAGAAUUAGCAUGUAAUAAAUGUCUUAGUUUUAAGUAUGUGUCUGGAUGUGCAUAUAAUACUUGAUAUUUUUCUUCAGGAUAGCAAGUCACACAUGUUAAGACUAAAAUAUGACACUAAGUAUACAUCCAAAUUAAGUUUGUUAAGGUAGGCUCCAACUCCUCCAUCUGCAGUGACUGGAGAAGCAGGUGUAAAGUGAGAUUUCUCAGAAGCAUUAAGUUGCCUGAGAAGCAGUCUUCACAUGGAAAAAGCAAGGAAAAUAAAGCCCAAGACAAAGCUCAUACCUGAACAGCGUGGUCCAAAUUAGCAGACAAGUUGUUAUCUUCUUCUCCCUUUGCCUCCCCACAGAAAUAGAUGUGUGUGGGGAACUCAGUCUCUGAAUCAAAGUAUACUCAACCCGAGUAUAAGAUGUCCUACAAAAUUCAAGUUAUUGCACCCUUUACCAAGCAGUCAAGGCCUGAGGGUGAAGGAGGGCUUCCACUGGCUUCCCUAACCAAACCUGACUGACUCCUCUGUGGUAAUCCAACUGUACACUGUGCUGUGCCAACAUGGGGCCUGCUCAGCUGCGCAGGUUUCCUUUGUUUCACAACCCCCCUAGUAACAAUGGUAAAAAUCUGAGGAGAAAAGGCAGAACUUGCUCUUACUGCUUGAAACUCAGAAACAAGCACUACAGCAAACACUGGGGCUUAGCUCUCUCUGCUGUGGGCAAAGAGCAGAGAUUAGCAGAAAUACAUCCAGUGCUGUCUGUGAUGGGUCAGGUGAUGGGUCACCACACACUGACUGCUCAGGCACCGUUACAGCACGCAGCUUGCACACAAUGAAAAUGAUGUGGUAGAACAUUUGAAUAGAGAAAUUUAGUUGCGAUCCAGGCUGCUGAUGGAUCUGUUGAGAUAAGCCUUUUAACACUUCAUAAAUGAAAUGUUCUUGUGAAAUUCCAUUCCUCACAUCAUGCAAGAGUUUUAACCAGUGCUCUUUCCAUACAGCUCAGACUAUUUCUCGCAGGCUUCUGAAAGUCAGUGGUAUCUCUUGGUCUGAAAGGUAUUUGCUCUCCUGUUCUGUCAGGCCCAUGGUCCACACCCCCUUCUGUUUUAAUUUGUUAGACAAGAAAGUUUCUAGUACACAAACUUAGCAACUCCUCAAGAUAUUUACAGGCUUCUUCUCUAAGUUGUUCAAAAGACAAGGUGUUCCAUGUCCUUCCAAGAAGGCCUUCUAAAGGACACGUUUUUCCUAUGUAUACCAUCAUCAAGAGAAACUCACUCUUAAGCAAAAAGUCACAUCCUUUACAGAAGCAGCUCUCACUUUCUGGGUGACUUUCUACUUGCUAUUAGACUGCUUGAGUUUCUGUCUACUGCAGAAAUCUCAUCAAUGCAUCUUCUAAAGCCCAGCACCUUUGGGCAGCAGUAGCUGGAGUUAAGUUGUAGAUCAAGCACAGGUUACACACACUCACAUAAACACAGCUGAUCCUUCAAAGAAGACCAUUAAGAUGUCCAAGAAGGGCUCAUGAAAAUUUUGAGAUUCCUGCUGGAAACCCUUUGCUUUAAGCAUCUCAAGAAGGAGAGUAACAAGUGUGUUAAGAAGAAAGACGUUGAAUAGAAAUAUAUACAGCCAGCUCUGAAAAAAAGCUAAACUUGUCAGUCAAUGUAAUCUUUCAACAAAAAAAUGCAUUAACAGGC